UUGUACUAAACCAGGCAAAAUUUGACUGAAUAGUUUAAAUAAAAAAAGGAGCCCUCUUUCCUUAAAAAAAAAAAAAAAGAAAAAGGAGCCCUCUUUUCUUCUUAAAACCUCAGUGACGGGCAAUAGCUCGGCUUAUAUUGUAUGUGGCUGCUUGCAGUAGCUUCCACUCUAUAUAUUGCCAUUAUUGGGGGAUCUCUCUCUCCCUCUCUCCAACGAGAAUGGAAAGAUCAAUUGCGCUAUUCUUGUGUGCGUCGAUUGCUUCUUUAGCUCCGGCAAUCAUGUUGCUGGUUCAAGCCCAGAUAAAUCCAGAAGGUUUCAUAAGCAUCGAUUGCGGGGCGAGUGAUCCAUACACCGACGACACGACCAAAAUAUACUACGAGACGGACCAAGAAUUCACGGAGUCAGGGAGGAGCAUGAAUGUAUCCCUGGCUGCUGGGCCACGAUUUUUGGAGACCCUGAGGAGCUUCCCCGAUGGGAUGAGGAACUGUUACUCGUUGAAGCCGGAACAAGGCGAGAACAAGCCUUACUUGAUCAGGGCAUCAUUCUUGUAUGGAAGCUAUGAUGGGAAGAACCAAACUCCGACAUUUGACCUAUACAUCGACGUUAAUAAAUGGUCCACCAUAAAUUCUUACUAUUACGAGAAGAGAGAGAUAGUGUAUGUGGCCCAAAGAGAUGUUGUACAGGUUUGCGUCGUGAAUAUUGGCAAAGGAGUGCCCUUCAUUUCGGCAUUGGAGCUUAGGGCUCUUAACGAUGUGAUCUAUCCGGUCGGGUCGGGAUUCCAAAAGCUCUGGUGGAGGCAAAAUUUGGGAAGCUCAGGUUCUAGCAUCAGGUACCCAGCGGAUGUCUAUGAUCGCAUCUGGGAUGCAACAAUAUACCCUUAUACGACUCCACUGUCGACCACGUACACCCAGACUUUGUCCGAGAACAGCGAUGAGUAUAAGGUUCCGGCGGAAGUGCUUAGCACUGCUGUAGACGGCGGAUAUUUCUUAAAUAUGUGGUUAAAUUCGUCGGAUAGUUUAUCCAAAUGGAUUGUGUACUUCCACUUCGCAGAUUUCAAGAGACUGCCGGAAGGCCAACAAAGGGAGUUGACAAUUUCGACAAACAAUAAUCAGUUCACGCGUAAGGUUUCCGGGUCUGGUGUCAACUUCUCAAUCAAGCCGACAGGGAGUCAAUCUGGAGUUGAGGCGAUCCUCAAUGCCUUAGAGACUUACAUUGUUGCCGACAAUCCAAAUGUACCGACAACCCAAGAUGAUGCAACAGCUAAUUCCACUCUUUCAUUGAUAAUUUUGUCCGCGAUUCACAAUUUCUUUUGUGGAGGCAAACUAGUAUUACUAUUUCACUUCUUCUACAAUGUUACGAUUUUGAAAAAAAUAAUAAUUAUGUUGCAAUGUGAAACUACAGUCAAAGUGAUGAAUGAUGCCAAGGUCACUCUUCGUGUGAAUAAAGAGAGCUGGCAAGGUGAUCCAUGCGUCCCCAGAGAAUUUGCAUGGGACGGUCUGAAUUGUAGUUAUACUAACGAUCCGAGGAUUGUUUCACUGAAACUGAGCUCAAGCAAUUUAACAGGCAGCAUAGCUUCCUCACUAUCAAAUCUGGAAGCGUUGGAGGUCUUAGAUUUGUCCAACAAUCAACUUACAGGAGGAAUACCAGAGACUUUGGCAAAACUACCAAAGUUGAGAAUUCUAAAUCUUAGUGGAAACAACCUUACUGGUGCAGUUCCCGAGGAUCUUCAGAAGAGGGUUGCAGCAGACAAGACAUUUAAUUUGAGGCUUGUUCUUCCUCUUUCUAGCUAA